ACUACUUUGUUAAGGUGUUGGAAUACAUGUGUUUUAAUUUAGUAAACACGUUUUUGUUGGUGCACUGUUUUGUCGAACUUUGUCGCACAAAUAUUACGUCGACGAUCACGUUCAGUCAGCUGUUCUCAUCACAUCGCGGAGGCAGGAAACGAAUUCAUUUAAAAGAUUUCAAAUCAUUUUAUCAAUAACUCCAAGUUGAUUCUGCUGACAUGGCAAUGCAGGGUUUGCAUUAAACAGCUAACAACCAGUUGCAAGAUGAGGCCCCUGAAAGACGCCCAGCUGGGAGCCUUCACCUUCUUUGCCUCAGCUCUUCCUCAUGAUGUCUGUGGGAGCAAUGGCCUCCCUCUCACCCCAAACUCUAUCAAGAUCCUGGGACGUUUCCAAAUCCUCAAAACCGUCACUCAUCCCAGACUCUGCCAAUAUGUGGACAUCUCCAGAGGAAAACAUGAACGACUGAUUGUUGUUGCUGAACACUUUGAAAGCAGUUUAAGUGAUUUCCCAAAACAGGGGAAAAAAGCCAGCACAGAGAAGGUGUUGCAGGUAGCCUAUGAGGUCCUUGAAGGUCUGGAGUUUAUGAACAAACAUGGCAUGGUGCACAGAGCCCUCAGCGCACACAAUGUGCUGAUGGACUGCAAGGGGAAUGUCAAGCUGGCAAAGUUUGGCCUUUAUCACAUGACUGAUCAUGGAGCCGAUGUAGAUUUUCCCAUUGGGUACCCAUCAUACCUUGCUCCAGAGGUGAUCGCUCAAGGCUCCUUCCACCUGAGUGACUCUUCCCAUGAUGAAGCUCCUCUGCCUUCAGGGUCCAAGACUGAUGUCUGGUCUCUUGGGGUUUUGCUGUUUGAAUUAUGUGCAGGUAGACGACUGCUGCAGAAUAUUGAGAUAAGUGAGAGACUGAAAUUCAUUCUAACCUUGGGUUGCAUGGACGACAUUGUCACUGUCCUUGCCGAGGAACACGGCUGUCUCGAUGCCAUUAAGGAGCUGCCUGAGAAUGUCCUCGAGUUAUUAACGAAGUGCCUGACAUUUCUUCCAUCCAAAAGGCCGACCCCUGCAGAGCUGCUGAGAGACCCCGUUUUUGAUGGCGUCUCUUGCCUCUAUACGCCCUUCAAGAAGCCCGUUAGUCUUUUCUCUUCUUCCCUCCGCUGUGCGCAUCUGGAGCUCCCAGAGGACAUCAGUGACCUUUGCAAAGACGAUGAUGAGGACUACCUGUCGGAGCGCGCCAUAAAUGAGGUGUACCAUCUGUGGUGUCUGGCGGGGGGAGACCUGGAGAAGGAGCUGACCAACAAGGGGAUCAUACAAUCCAAACCUCCAAUCUGCACACUUGCAAAUUUUGUCCUGGAAGACGGGGAGUCGUUUGGACAGAGAAGAGAUCGGAGUUUCUUGCUUGACGACACAACAGUGACAUUGUCUCUGUGCCAACUAGGAAAUAGAUUGAAGGAUGUAGCAGGGACCUAUUACCCUCUACUGGAAGACGAACAGUCAAGUCUGCCCCAGUCCAACAGCAGCAAUGAGCUGUCGACCACCGUCAGGCUCCCACUUAUCAUCCGAGAGAGAGACACGGAGUACCAGCUCAUCCGCAUCAUCCUCUUUGACAGGCUGCUCAAGGCGUAUCCGUACAAGAAGAAUUUGGUGUGGAAAGAGGCCAGAGUGGAUAUCCCCCCUCUUGUUCGAGGUCUGGUGUGGGCAGCACUGCUAGGCAUUGAGGGAGACAUUCAAGCUAAAUAUGAGAGCACUGACAAGGAUACUCCCAUACCAACUGACAGACAGAUUGAGGUGGAUAUCCCGCGCUGCCACCAGUACGAUGAGCUGCUGUCGUCUCCUCAGGGUCACAUCAAGUUCAGGCGUGUGUUGAAAGCCUGGGUGGUCUCUCACCCCGAUCUGGUCUACUGGCAGGGUUUGGAUUCACUUUGUGCCCCGUUCCUCUACUUGAAUUUCAAUAACGAAGCGCUGGCCUAUGCCUGCAUGUCCGCCUUCAUCCCAAAGUACUUGUACAACUUCUUCCUGAAGGACAACUCUCAUGUCAUUCAAGAGUACUUGACUGUCUUCUCCCAAAUGAUUGCCUUCCACGACCCAGAGCUAAGCAACCAUCUAAAUGAGAUUGGCUUCAUCCCAGAUCUUUAUGCCAUUCCAUGGUUCCUGACCAUGUUUACACAUGUGUUUCCGCUGCACAAGAUCUUCCACCUGUGGGACACACUGCUGCUGGGAAACUCCUCUUUCCCCUUCUGUAUUGGCGUGGCCAUACUGCAGCAGCUCAGGGACCGUCUCUUGGCCAAUGGCUUCAAUGAGUGCAUCCUACUCUUCUCUGACCUGCCAGAAAUUGACAUUGAGCGCUGUGUUCGUGAAUCCAUCAACCUCUUUUGCUGGACUCCAAAGAGCGCUACAUAUCGACAGCAUGCUCAGCCACCCAAGGCUGUGGGUGACAAUGGAUUUGGGAAAGCAGCGACAUACUACACGUCCGACUACCAGGAUAUGCCCAAAACAGACCUGUCCCGGGACCCUCUGGCGUUGUGUGACCUGAAAGCAGAAGUAUCCCCGCGGAUCUCGGCCGAGGACUUAAUCGACCUGUGUGAGCUGUCAUUGGCCGGACCCAUCAAAAGGACCAGAGCCGGCAAACCCAAAAUCAUUGCAGUCGACAUCCGCAAUGUAGAGGACUUCAACAGAGGCCAUAUUUCUGGCAGCAUCAACAUUCCCUUCAGCACAGCCUUCGGCCCCAACAGUGAGCUGGUGCAGUGUCCUGCGACAGGAGUCCUCCAGAGCUACAGAGGACGGGUCAUUGUGAUCAUUAGCCACGCCAUAACAAACGCUGCUAUGUUUGCAGCACACCUGGUCAAGGUCAAUUUCCCACGAGUUUGUUUCCUAGAUGGGGGGAUCAACAAGCUGAAGCCCACUGGACUGCUGACCGUCCCCUCCCCUCAGAUCUGACAUCAUACCUAAGCUUCACAAAGGGACGAGUGGAAGGACUGUAUACUGUGUGUGUUAUUGAAGCAAAAAAAACAACUCAUUUUUACACAUUCAAAUAAAGCUGAAAAACUGCACUGAAAAAUCCCCCUCUUCUCUUUCUGUCUCAUAACAAAAAUAAUUAAUCAAUUUUCUUUCUUGAACAGUUGCUUUGGACACUAGCAUUUGACUAAAACAUUGAGCUGUCUGUGUCAAAUAAACAUAUCUUGAUGGAUGUCUUUUCUGAGCCAGUUGAUCUAGGGAACUGCCUUUAGGUCUGCUUUUAUAACAUGUAUAAUUUUGACACUGAGAGAGGUGGAUAUGUUAUAUGUUUUCAGCAACUACUAGGCUUUUAUUGGUGCUUGUGUUGUACCUUCUGCAUUAAGAAAUUCACUAAAAUUAAAGCAUCUCACAGUAAGGGUGUCUUUGAUGAAUCUUACAACUGGUAUUUGUAUUUAACUUGCCAUUUAAUUGUCUGAAUGUAUUUGUCAUGUUAUAGAAAUGUGUUACUAUCACGUUACAGUUGUCUCGAAUA